AGAUAAACACGGUGGUAUGUGCAUCACAGCAAGUCUAGGUCCGGCUGGCUGCUACUUCACUGGAACUGAGCAUGUUUGUGUAAUGUGGCUUCACGUCUACGGUUACUGGCCUGUGGCGGUGCGAAAGUAACAUUGAGGCUAAUCGGUUAUCAAGACCAAUGCAUAAUCACUUGAGCUGGAUCCUGUAUCUCGGGCUGUUGUGUGUGGCUGCCACGGUAUGUCGGGCUAAGCAAGUUUGUACCUUCUCCGAGGUGGUUGAUUCAGCAGGUAGUGAGGAUGACUGGAAGGGCUACAAGGUUGUUGUGAAUCCUGACAAGUGUAAGACGUUUUGCCGAUCCUUCGACUGGUGCACUGCUGCAGAGUUCGACUUCAGUAGCUACUCUUGUUAUCUGUACAGAGGAGCUACAUCGCUCUCCCACAAGAAAGAAAGCGUGUUCAUGAAGAGAGGAUGUACUGAAGUUACAACUUCUCCGCCAACGUCUGUAGAAACUAGAACUACGACUGCAUCUCCUACUAUCAGCGAAUCAUCGCCAUCAACAUUCAAAGACACAACCCCUUCUAGAACAUCCAUUAACGUCCCUACCAUCACCGAAUCAUCGCCAUCAACAGUCAAAGGCACUACAACCUCUUCCAGGACAUCCACUAAUGUCCCCACUAUAAAAAACCCAUCGCUAUCAACAGUCAAAGGCACAACCCCUUCUAGAACAUCCAUUAAUGUCCCUACCAUCACCGAAUCGACGCCAUCAACAGUCAAAGACACAACCCCUUCUAGAACAUCCACUAAUGUCCCUACCAUCGCCGAAUCAUCGCCAUCAACAGUCAAAGGAACAACCCCUUCUAGAACAUCCACUAAUGUCCCUACCAUCACCGAAUCAUCGUCAUCAACAGUCAAAGACACAACCCCUUCUAGAACAUCCACUGAUGUCCCUACUAUCGCCGAAUCAUCGCCAUCAACAGUCAAAGACACAACCCCUUCUAGAACAUCCACUAAUGUCCCUACCAUCACCGAAUCAUCGCCAUCAACAGUCAAAGACACAACCCCUUCUAGAACAUCCACUAAUGUCCCUACCAUCACCGAAUCAUCGCCAUCAACAGUCAAAGACACAACCCCUUCUAGAACAUUCACUAAUGUCCCUACCAUCACCGAAUCAUCGUCAUCAACAGUCAAAGACACAACCCCUUCUAGAACAUCCACUGAUGUCCCUACUAUCACCGAAUCAUCGUCAUCAACAGUCAAAGACACAACCCCUUCUAGAACAUCCAUUAAUGUUCCUACUAUCACCGAAUCAUCGCCAUCAACAGUCAAAGACACAACCCCUUCUAGAACAUCCACUAAUGUCCCUACCAUCACCGAAUCAUCGCCAUCAACAGUCAAAGACACGACAACCUCUUCCAGACCAUCCACUAAUGUCCCCACUAUAACCGAAUCAUCGCCAUCAACAGUCAAAGACACGACAACCUCUUCCAGACCAUCCACUAAUGUCCCCACUACAGCCUCUUCAAUCACAUCUAUUUAUGUCCCUACUAUCACCGAUUCAUCACUAUCAACAGUUGGACACACAACCAAUUCCAGCACAUCAACUACUGAUAUGACACAGAUGGUGGAAUCUGGGGUAAUAAUGCCUUCUCGUGCAGCUGGGAACACUGCCCUAUUUCGACAAAGAAGAACAAGCACCCAAGCCACUACUACCAGCAGGUUUUCGAAUUUAGCUCAAACUAACUCGUUUGUUCCCUUUUUACUCUGGUUACGUUGUAGGUUGGCACCUACUGACAUAUAUAACGUAGCCACAACGACAACUACCACCACCACUGCUGCUGAUUCGAAACUUGUACAAACCCCUGUCGGAUCAGAUCGCACUGAAACACCUCUGUGCCAAAUCGCCACAAUACAUGCCAAAAACGAUCGCUUAUGUUUUAAUAUCGACAAGUUCAUUAACUGGAAAUUUCAUGUACCUGGGAAAACACCCAAAGUAUUUCUCGUGCUAUCUUGUGACAGGUGCAAGCCGUUGCAUGUAUCUGUUCCCGCGCGAUGUAAAGGUAUUGUGUGUUUCUAUGUAAGUAAACGUGGUACAAUUCUCCAUGUACAGGAAGAUCAUUGCAAAAUGCCUAAAUCAAUUUUAUAUCAACCACAAUUCCCCCCAACGCAGAUGGCAAAAACAGCACCCCAAUAUGUUAGCGACGUGUCAUCAUCUUCUUUGUAUCCAUCACGAAAAGACAACGUGUUAAGCAUACAUCAGGAUGCUUUAUAUCAGAUGGAACCAAUACCUGCUAAUGAAGCAGUUACCGAGGGUCUAACAGAUCCGCCAAUGUCGAACGCAUCAGAUGUUUCAUUGAACUCUUCCGACAAAAACCAAGGUAACCCAGCUUUGUCGCGAACGGAAACUGUUCAACACGACAGAGUGCCCAAUAUAACGGCGUCAACUCGCCACGCUCCUCACCGCACCUCCGAAGAACGGGCGCUUCGACCAAAGGUAAAGGAAGCCCAAUUUCAUUCGUCCCAAACAAUUGCCCCGAGUAAACAAACCCAAAGAAAGAAGAGACGGAGAUCACGUCAAAAACAAACCCAAAGAAAUAAGAGACGGAGAUCACGUCAAAAACAAACCCAAAGAAAUGAGAGACGGAGAUUACGUCGAAGGCGCAAGGGCAAACAUCCCAUGAAAAAGAGAACUUCAUACUCAAGCCGAUAUUCGCCUUUAGUCGACCGGAAACAAAGAUCCAGACGCCGGAAGUCGCGCAAGAAAUUGUUGAAGUCUCGCAGACGUAAAAAGCUUUUAUCUCUUGGUUCCGGAAUGCGUUCAGCCCCAGGCUGAAUGAGUGCAAUGUAAUUGAAUUUUCUUAUUUCCUUAUCGUUAGUACAAAACCCCUCAAUUUUUAUGACUAGUGACACACGCAUAUACGUGUUUAAUAUUAAACAAUGUAUAUAAGGUAUUGUCAAAGGAUGUCAAUGCAUUUUGAACCCGCCCAUAUUCAAGAGGUAAGAUUCAACAUCGCAUUAAGGGACCGAAUAUUCGGGGCUGGCGGGUGGCGUCUGCGAUUUUAUCGAAAAAUUUGGUAUUGUUUCAGAAAAUAUUAACAAAUAAGUAUGCUUCAGAAUUUCGAAAAAUAAAACUAUUUUUUUGUUUUUUAAAAAAUAUUUAUGCUGAUAGUUUGAAUUAAAAACAUUAAGUCUGUUUUGGGGGCUGCAGCAGAAAAAUGAUCCAGUCUCAAUAGACACAACCCCCUCCCCAACCCACACAUAUAUCAAAUGAUCGGUCCCUAAUAUACAGUUUGUGUGCUUCUGUUCACAUGCUUAUAUUAUAUAGAUAUUUUGGUUUGUAAAUAUAAACAAAUUUCCACAGCAA